AUGUACGAUGCUACGUACCGUUGCAAGAUGCGCCUUCCGCUCAGUCGUGGGGCCGAUCUCGCUCAGAUGGAAUCUCUUUUGCUUCAGGCCGGCCGCAACGCUGCGCCAGUCGGUGCCCAACAGCAAACCGAAGCUGCGAGACUACCAGCAAGAGUUAUUUUCACCCAGCUCAUUGACCGCAUUCACGCGCACCCCAACGGAGGCGACCGCACCCUCAUUCUGGCCCACCGCCGUGAGCUAGUCGAGCAGGCCGCCAGGCAUUGUCAGCUUGCGUACCCUGACAAGACGAUCGAGAUCGAGAUGGGCUCCCUCCACGCAUCCGGCACCAGUGACAUCACCUUGGCCAGCGUCCAGAGCCUCGUCUCCAAAGACCGCCUUGCAAAGUUUGACCCGUCCACUUUCAAGCUCGUCCUCGUCGACGAGGCCCAUCACAUUGUCGCCCCGGGCUACCUCAAGACCCUCAAACAUUUCGGGCUCGACCGCAAACAGAAGGACUCUCCCUCGCUCAUCGGCGUGUCCGCGACUUUCUCGCGCUUCGACGGAGUCAAGCUCGGGGCCGCCAUCGACGAGAUUGUCUACCAUAGGGACUACAUAGACAUGAUUGCCGAUAAAUGGUUGUCCGACGUCAUAUUCACCACCGUCGAGUCAUCCGCCAACCUGUCCAAGGUCAAGAGCGGCGCCUUCGGGGACUUUCAGACCGGCGAGCUGUCCAAGGUCGUCAACACAGACGAAGUCAACGACAUUACCGUCCGGAGUUGGCUGGCCAAGGCUCCGGAAAGGAAGUCGACGCUCGUCUUUUGCGUUGAUCUGGCCCACGUCUCCGGUCUGACCAGCAAGUUUCGAGAGCUUGGCUUCGACGCCCGCUUCGUCACCGGUGACACCCCCAAGAUGGAGCGAGCCAAAAUUCUCGACGAUUUCAAGGAGGGCAAAUUUCCCGUACUCGUCAAUUGUGGCGUCUUUACGGAAGGCACAGACAUCCCCAACGUCGACUGCAUCGUCCUCGCGAGGCCAACGAGGUCCAGGAACCUCCUCGUCCAGAUGAUUGGCCGAGGCAUGCGGUUGCACCCGGGCAAGGAGAACUGCCAUGUCAUCGAUCUUGUCUCAAGCCUCGCCACCGGCAUUGUCACCACGCCCACCCUGUUCGGCCUUGACCCCAACGAACUCGUCGACAAGGCCUCUGCCGGCGACAUGCGCAGAAUGAAAGAUCUCGAAUCGGCAGAAGCAGGCCGGCAGCAAGACGCGCACGCUGGCGGUCCGUCUCCAGGUGCCAGCUCCUCGACGGCCGUCACCUUUACCGAUUACUCGUCGGUCAUCGACCUCAUCGCCGACACAUCCGGCGAGCGUCACAUCCGCACCGUUAGCCAGAAUGCCUGGGUUCAGGUUGGACCCGAGCGCUUCGUGCUGUCCGCACCAAGCGGGUCCUAUAUCCGGAUAGAACGUAUUGCCGGAUCGGCACCGACAAGCAGCGCAUCGCCAACGUACCGUGCACUAGAAAUUCGUGCCCUCCCCGCCGGCAUCUCCAAGUCUCCGUUCGCCGCCCCGAGAGAGAUUCUCACGGCUGCGACGUUCAACGACGCCGUCCACGGUGCCGAUAGCUACGCCGCCAACGCCUUUCCUCACACCUUCAUACAUCGCUACCAAUCCUGGAGGAGCCUACCUCCCACCCAGGGCCAGCUGGACUUUGUCAACCGUCUACGCGGCAAGGGCAAGGCCUUGACCGCCGCCGACCUCACCAAGGGCAAGGCCGCUGACAUGAUCACCAAGCUCAAGCACGGCGCCCGCGGCCAAUAUACAAAGAUUGAGGCGGAGCAGCGUAGGCGCGAGAGACAGGCGUGGGCAGCCGACGCCAAGGAGAACCGUGAGCGGGUACGAGUUGGGCCCCUGCUGGCCUAA